AUUCCUUCUCAGAGACACUGCCCCCUCCUUUUUCUCUUAACACACAUAGCAAAGCAAAGCAAAGCAGAGAUAUAUAUAUUAUAGAUAGGCAGAGACUUUGUGACAUAGUAAUACAAGAACAACAAGUAUGUUUGAGACAGAGGUUCUUGUUGAUCUAUGUCCCAUGUUUUUCUUCUUCCUUGUCUUAAAAACAUGUUCCAGUUUGUGGUUUUGAAAAGCUUCUAAAGUUGGAAAAAGUGAGUUACAGGAAUAAAAAAGAAAAUAGUGAGCAAAGCCUUUUUGAAGUAUUUAUAUAUUUAUAUAUACUAGUUGUCUGGGUGGUGGUCGUGGAGAUGAAUAAUGGUGGUGGUGGUGGUGGAGGGGGCGGUGGAGGUGGGGCGGGGAGUGGUGGUGGUGGGGGAAUGGGGACAGGUGGAGGGAUGAUGGCAAUGAGGUCAUCACCAUUUACAGUGUCACAAUGGCAAGAACUGGAACAUCAAGCUUUGAUCUUUAAGUAUAUGAUGGCAGGUUUGCCUGUGCCACAUGAUCUUGUGCUCCCUAUUCAGAAGAGCUUUGAGUCCAUUUCUCAUAGGUUCUUUCACCACCCCACCAUGGGGUACUGUUCCUUCUAUGGAAAGAAGGUGGAUCCGGAGCCGGGACGAUGCAGGAGAACCGAUGGCAAGAAAUGGCGGUGCUCUAAAGAUGCGUACCCGGACUCCAAGUAUUGUGAGCGGCACAUGCACCGUGGCCGUAACCGUUCAAGAAAGCCUGUGGAAUCACAAACUAUGACACAGUCAUCAUCUACUGUGACAUCACUGACUGUUUCUGGAAGCAGUGGCGGCACUGGAAGCUUCCAGAACCUUCCGUUACAUGCCUUUGGUAGUACACAAGGCACUGCUUCUGGAACCAGUCAGUCCCAUUAUCAUAUGGAGUCGAUCCCCUAUGGAAUCCCAAGCAAAGAUUAUAGGUAUCUUCAAGGACUUAAACCUGAGGUUGGUGAGCAUAGUUUCUUCUCUGAAGCUUCAGGGAGCAACCGGAGCCUCCAGAUAGAAACUCAACUGGACAACACAUGGCCUCUUAUGCAAUCUAGAGUCUCCUCGUACCCUCAGUCAAAAUCUAGUGGCAACCCCAUCUUACAGAAUGAUUGUCCCCAGCAUUCAUUUUUCAGCAACGAAUUUAACUCUGGAGAACCUGUGAAGCAUGAGGGUCAAUCUCUUCGACCUUUCUUUGAUGAGUGGCCUAAACCCAGGGACUCUUGGUCAGCUCUUGAAGAUGAGAGAUCCAACCAGACCUCGUUCUCUACAACCCAGCUAUCCAUAUCCAUUCCAAUGGCUUCGUCUGACUUCUCCACAACUGGUUCUCGUUCUCCACACGAUAGUUGAAUGAACAGAAUUCGAGAAUUCUGGAACUCUACUAGAGAAGGCCCAGACAAGUUCUAGCUACUGGACUAAAAUAUUGUACCCCUUGAUGAUUUUCGUUUACCUCUGUUGUUCUAGAACUGUGGGCUUUCAGCAUCACUGUCUUGUGUAUUAGUUCACUGCAAGGUUCAGGUUUUAGGUAUAAAAUAAAACAAACCCUAGUAGGUAACUGAAAAAAAUCCAGAACAUUGCAGUUUGAGUUGAAAGAAAGAGCAACAAUUUUCCUGCAUGGAUUUUAUUAUUUACAUGGUAAAAAAUUACAGCUAGCUUUAGAAAUCUGAAGUUGUUGGUGGUUGUGGCCUUGUGCCUGUUUUGAUGUGUAGUUUGCUUAUUGCAGUCAUUUUGCUUAAUGAAAUACCAUUAAGCUUAUGCUCAAUGAUCAUAUAUACAGUCCAAGUAAAUUCUUCA